CGACCAAAAAAUAUAACAGUUCUACUUAAACAUAAACAAAACAAAAACAAAAAAAAAAUCACGUUUAAAUAAUUCAAUCAACUACACACAAACAUACCCACAAACAAGCGUCAUCGUACAGUGCAAAAAAAUAUUUAUUGUUUUUAUGUUCAGCAUCUAAUAGUGAAUAGCAGCAAUACCAGAAUCAGCAGCUAUCACCAGCAGCAGCAUAAAUAGUAACAAAAGCAAAAAUAGCAAUAUUAACAAUUCUAAUCAAUAGGCAAGUGAUCGAACCAACAGUUUAAGUGUAAAAUAAAAUUAAAGAAAAAAUUGAAAAAUAUAAUAAAAGUCAGCGAAUCACACGCUUCUUUUAUCAACCGCUAGACACCGUACCGCGCAACACAUUUGCGCCCCUCAAACCGCACGCCGCGCGUAAAAACGCCAAAUACCGCAUUAAAAAAUACACGAACACUUCUCUUACUCUCUCUCUCUCUCUCCAAGUCAUACACACACACAUAUACUUGUGCGCGCGAUUAUACAAAGCAACGAAAAACGCAAAAAGCCAACAAUACAAACACCAUCAACACCGCCACCCCAGUAGCACCAAAAAGAAAAGAAAACAGUUUCAAUAGCCGCUCCAGCGCCUUUUACUGCGCCGCGCAUCUCAACAACGCUCUCCGCGCGCCCUCCAUCGUCAACCAUAGACGCGGCGUCGUGUCGUGUUGUCGCUUAACAUUUGAUUCUAAUAUUUAAUAAAUAUACAUUAUUGCUUUUGCGCUUUGGUUUGUUUUAUUAGUAUUUCGCUUCAUAUCAAUUCGUAUCGCAUUUUGUUAUUUGUGUGUGUUUUUUUUUUGUCUUGUUUUACGCGGACGUUGUCUUCGAACAGCAUUCGUGUGGCAAAGCGUUGGCGCUGAAAAAAAAGAGUGCGCGCCAAUUUGUGAAAAUAUUGUUUGAAAAAACUGAAGACGGAAAAGAAGGAGCGCAAGAUAUAUAUAUAUUUGUAACUUUAUACUAGUAAUCGUCGUAUCAACAGUUGUCUCAGCUGGUAUAAGAAGCACGAGCAACAGCACGAAACAAGAAAAAAACCAACAACACAAGUGAAAAAAGUGCUUUUGAAGUUGAAAACUUCCAUCACAACAGCGCAGACAAGCAGACGCAAUCCAGUAGAGGGAGGCAUACAUACGGCACACAACAGGCGCACGCUUAGUAGCAGCUGAUAUUUGCCGAGUUAGCACCGGCACAGAACGUUUCUACAGCGACCGCAACGACUUUGACUUCGACCACGAGUGAGCAAGCAGUGAGCAGAAAAGAUGGCGAACCCUCGAAAAUUUAGUGAGAAAAUCGCUUUGCAGAAACAGCGCCAGCAGGAGGGCACCGCUGAGUUCGAGCGAAUUAUGAAAGAGGUUUACGCAACUAAAAUGGAUGAGACUCAAGCGAAUCAGAAGAUACUUGAAUGCUGUUUGGUAAAUACUGACAUCGGCAGCAAUCAUGCCACAAACGCCAGUCUUAUUAGUGGUGCUGGCGUAGGUGGAGGCGGUGGAGGUGGUAAUGGUGGUGGUGGCGGAGGCGGAGGCGGUGGCGGAGGAGGUAGCACAGUCGUGGAUGGAGUCACAAAUGCUGGCGGCAGUGGCAGUGGUGGCGCCUCGCCAGACGGUACACAUAACAACAAUUCACGUGAGUCACGCGGCCGCAGCGUUGGCGUGGGACCCAUGAGACGACCAUCAGAGCGUAAGCAAGAUCGUUCACCAUACGGCAGUAGCGUUGCCGUCGGUGGUGGUAUGAAUGCAGGUAUGAGCAAUAACGCCUAUCUCAGUCCACCAAUGGAUAGCAAUUGGCGACGCUCCAACUCCGAUUCGGCGCUACAUCAGACGCUUAACAUGGCAGUGGCAGCGGAAGGUGGUUUCGGACCGGCCGGUGGCAUGACUAGUUUGGGUGGCCUACCGGGUGAUAUGAGUGCUCUGCACGCGAACUAUCAGCAUCAUAACCAACGAUCUCAUUCGCCAAAUAUUGGUCGCAGUUUUAGUCCACAAGCACAAAGACGGAAGGGUCAGAUGUUGCAACAUCAGCAACAACAACAGCAACAGCACCUGCACCACAGUCAGCAACAUCUUCACUUACAACAACAGCAUCAGCAGCUGCAGCAACAGUUUCAGCAGCAACAUCAUAUGCAUCAGCCACAAACACAACAACAGCAACAUGUCCAACAACAACAACAACAUGCGCAACAGCCAGCGAAUAACGUUGGUCAACAACAUCAGCAACACUUUAAUGCCAAAUUCAACAACAACUGCAACAUACCCGGCAACAGUCUGUUCAAAUCGCUGCAAGAGCAAACGUUAGCGCUCGCCAAUACCGGCUCCCUGCCAGACCUCACCACGUUACAUUACUCGCCCGCACAACAACCAAUGUUGCACCAACAACAACAGCAACAGCAAACGCUCUCACCAAUACUCUCACCGCACAACAAUGGACGCGAGCGUGAUCAAUCGCCGAGCCCUUUCAGUCCGGCUGGUGGCGCGGGCAAUGGCACAGUGGGCGGUCCUCCCUCGACGUAUCAGCAGCAGCAACACUCGCCUACUUCAGCCGCCAAUACACCAACAGCAGCACAAACAUCGCCGCAUUUAUCCUUUACAAAUCUCGCCGUACAAUCGCCCACUGGCAACGGCUCCAAUACUACGAAUACCGCCCAAACCGGCACAUUCACCAACCUGCCUACAUUGGGCGCCGCCAGCUCGACUGGUAACCUCACUGAAUACCGGCAACCCUUGAAUCCACCCAGUCCGGGCUCCUCACCCGGUUUACUCACGUCCGCUUCGGGUAACGACGUGGUACACAUUAGCGCACCUGCCAGUCCAAUACGACAUCCGCAGGCCGGCAUGAUCGGACAGAGCAUACAAAACUAUAAUGAGAAGAAUUUGCAAGCUUUCGAUCGUUACUCGCCUGCAAUGGGAGUUGGUGCGCUGGAUGCGGCUGGAUUCAAUAGUCUGAACUCAUCGUUCCACAACCACUUUGAGCAAUUCACGCUGGGCGAUAGCAAUUCCUCUCCCGAACAGCAACAGCAAUUGCAACAACAUUUUCAACAACAACAGCAGCAGCGUCAACAACAACAACAAAAUAGUUUUGCUCAAUUGGACUUCGACGACUUUAGCACAGCUUACAACCAGAGCCUCUCGCAGAGCAAACAACUGGAUUUUAGCGAUCUGACGGGCGUGUCCACGUCCACGGCGGCGACUGCGACGCAGAAUAGCAGAGGUGUCACGUGCAAUACUAACAAUGGGGGAAACACCAGCAAUAACAACAACACACAUCAACCAACACGCAUACUCUCACAGCAACAACAACAGCAACAGCUGUUAAACAACAACGGCGGUGUCGCUGCUGGUAGCAAUAACGCGAUUAGCAAUCCAAUUACAAAUGGACCAAUGCAACGGAUUAGCAACAACAACGUGAACAUUGCCCAGGCAAACGAUGUGAACUCCUCGCCAAUACCCUCACCCUUGGGCUGUUUGCCCUCGCCGUCUUCACCACUACCGAUUCCAAUAAAUGCGCAGUCGCCACAUCAUCAGCACCAACAGCUCUCGCUAUCGCUACACUCACACUCGGCUCAGCCGUCACCGCAUCAUUCGCCAUUGCAUUCGCCGCAUCAUGCCUCCCCACUGUCCUCCUCCUCACCGGGCAUAACAACACUGACCGGUGGUGGGACGCCUGGCAAUGGCUCAAAUAAUGCGACGUCAGCGCAUCACAACCAACAGCAGCAGGCAACGCAACACCAUCACCACCAGCACCACACACAACAACACCAUUCACAACACCACCAACAUCUCCAAAAUCACGCAAACACACCGACCAACACCAACAUACCGGCGAUCGUUUUUUCCGACUACUCGUCACGUGAGAUUUUCGAUUCACUCGAUUUGGACUUGGGACAAAUGGACGAGACUGCGCUAGAUCUGCUAGCGGAUCAGAACUCGAUGAUGAUUGCCGAUCCAACAAUCGAGGAUAGUUUUCGCAAAGAUCUUAACUGAUACUAUGAGGAAGCUGUUGCAGCUAUUGAGAGUGGCGUACUGCUGGAUGACACCUUCGACCCGCUCGGGCCCAUAGUUGACGUCACUGAGGUACUGGGCAAUCCGCUGGCGGAUACAACAAAGUGCAAAACGGACGUCGCAACCGACAACAACAUAGCCACUAAUUCCAUAACAACAACAACAACAGCAAUAUCAACAAGCAACUCCGCCGAGGAUGCGGACACAAACCUACCCAUCACACUCAGCCUUUGCGGCCGAGACAAUGUCGAAGAUGACCUGAGCAAUGUCGACGAUACUAUAAGCAUAGGGCUGGGUAUAGGCAUAGGAUUGGGCAUUGGCAGCGGCGGCGAUGAGAACGGUGGUGAUGUAGACGAUUUUUUCUUCUAAACAGCGGUAAAUGUACGGUUGGCUCAUAAGCGGAACGUCACGAAGGUGGAAGACGGAGUGAAGCACCGGAAAAGCACAACUGUUUCGGUUGUCGUUCGUAGUGUUUGAAAACGACGACGACGGGAACGACAGCAAUGACAACUGUUGUUCGCUGAAAUGACGCACACAGCUAAACACACAAGCCAAACUCAAGCAUGCAUAGGAAGGGUCAUAUGGCAACAUGAGCCUGUAUGUACAAGUAUGCGGGUUGGUUAUGGAGUACACGCGCAAGUAACACUGGUAGCAACAGCUUUUAAAUCUCUAAGCAGUAGUUAGGACUCUUAAAUAAAAUAUACAAACGUAAAUGCCUAAUAUACAUACAUACUUAUAUACAAAUACAUACAAAGAAAUUUGUUUUCUUAUACAUUUAACAAUACAUACUGCAUAUGUAAAACAACCGUUGAGAAUGUCAGUGGCGCAUUGGUAGGAAGACAAAAGCCGCGUGAGAAUUGAGUUGUAAGACGAAAUUGAGUUACAUAAUUUCAUUGUGUUUGUAGAAGCGGAGUGCAAGGGUCGGGCGAAGAUAUGAAACGUUUGUUUGAGGAUUUUAAAAUAAGUUUCCGUUUGAUUCCUUUUUGGCACUUGAGUUCUACAUAAUAAUUAUGUUCCAUUAAGAACGCAAAAAAAAUGACAUCUCUGUCGCCGAAGGCUUCUUUCCACUUUAAUUAUAUAUGACAGCAGUUACAGAAGACGAACGGUUGCGAAGGUGUGGCGAACGUAAAAAUGUCAACUUUAAAUUUAAUUUUAUUUUAUUAAAUUAUUUUCAUUUUUC